AACACUCGCACCUAGCUACGCGCAACACCGAAUUCGUAAACGCCGUCUAUUGGCCAUGGUUCACGCUCUGUAUGUGGACGACACCCAUGAAUACAUCCUCCCAUUUCUAUUUCCACAACCGCUAUAGCUGCAAGUGCAAGCCCAUGGCUCGUACCGGAUAUAUCCAAGACACCUACGGAGUAUACAUCCAUCCAUACGUUUGUCGGUAAUUACAAACUCCGCAUACAAGAUCCUGCACGCCGGACGGUAUAUCGCAAAUGCGAUCGGUCAGCGAAUGCCUGCCGUCAGCUUACAGUUGCAGGUGCGGAGCGUACUCCGUAGUUUUGCGGGGAUUGCGCUGUUCGGAGUCAGACGCUGGACAAACGUUGUUCCCAUGUUGCGGAAUACCAGGAUCCAUCCAACAGCUCCGGAUCGGACGCGAGUUGGAAGGGCAUCUCCUCCGUAUUUUGAUGAGUCUCGGCAUAGCCGUACGUGGGCGUUUACACAGUGAGCACCUUCGGUGUUUCAUUAAACAAUGGCGCCUACCAGAAUUUGCUAAAAUCGGCGAGUGCGUUUCCGUCGUCGCGCCCAACGUUGAUGUAGGGUUGCGGCACAGUGUCCCUUGCACCGCUCUUGAUAUGAGCGAUGACUGGACUGUACUCCAUGACGAUGAUCAUGACAUCUACGAGAGCUGGCGGCAACCGCAGGCGAAUAGGUACUUUGAUUUUGAACACGGCAAUACGAGGGCGUGGCUUCAUGGCGAGGUCCUCCACUUCGAAUUCACCAGCGCCUAGUCGCCACCUUCAACGGCUUCCAAACAGCGUGCUUGCGUUGCUGGAUGCUUGUGAUUUUUUCGGCUCCGUAGUCAACGUCA